AUGAGGCUUGACCUUUCAUCAUUCUUCGCAGCGGGUGCCCUUUCACUCGCUGUGAGUGCACACCCUUUGGCUCCCCGUCAACAACCUGAGGCUGUAAAUACUCCCAAGCUUGAUUUGGAACCACUUUCGUGGGGCGACGUCAAUUUCAUUCAAACCACUGACACUCAUGGUUGGCUUGCUGGGCACGUGCUUGAGCCGUCCUACAAUGGUGAUUUAGGCGACUUUUACUCCUUUGUGAUUCGCAUGAAAGAAUUGGCCAAAAAGAAGAAAAAGGACCUCUUCGUUGUAGAUUGUGGUGACACCCACGAUGGUGCUGGACUCAGUGAUGUCACUUUUCCCCAUGGUCUUUUAUCGCAACCCAUGCUGAAAAACAUCCCAUACGAUGUUUUGGCGAUUGGCAAUCAUGAGCUUUAUGUGAAUGAGGUCACUGAAGAUGUUUACAAGAAUUUCAUGCCACACUGGAAUGGCCGUUACCUUGCAUCCAAUGUUUACUUUAAGGAUGUCAACAACAACAAGACCGUUCCUAUCGGUAACAAGUACACUUACUUCGAAGGUGAAUUCGGCACCAAGGUCCUUGCAUUUGGUUUCUUGUUUGAUUUCACUGGCAAUGGCAACAACUCGAUUGUCCAUAAGGUGGAGGAUGAAGUCAAGGAACCAUGGUUUGGUGAAGCUCUUAAAUCGCACAAGCCCGAUGUUAUUGCAUUGAUGGGCCACACGGGUGUUCGCUUUGAGGAAUUUAAGGUUGCUCUUAAGGCUAUUCGUGAAUAUUAUCCUUACUUGCCUGUUGCUGUUCUCGGUGGUCAUGUUCACGUGCGUGACUUUGCCAUUUAUGACGGCUGGGCUGCUGGUAUUGCCUCUGGCCGUUACCUUGAGACUGUCGGCUUUUUCUCAUUGGAUGGUGUCAAGGAAACCAACAAGUUUAUUAAGAAACAUGGCCAUGACAACACCCAAGAUGUUCCCAAGAAUCUCACAUUCCAUCGCCGCUACUUGGAUCAAAAUCGCAACACCUAUCUUUUCCAUUCAGAGAGCAACGAACAUCAUUUUGAUACCGAGUUGGGUGAAAAGAUUUCACGUAACAUUACCGAGUGGCGCAAGAACUACAAUGUAUCCAAUCGCCUUGGUUGUUCUCCUCAAAAUUAUUACCUCUCGGCUGCCAAAUUGCAUGAUAACAGCAGCAUCUUUGAACUCAUGGCUACCGAGGUAUUCCCAAAGACGGUUGCCGAUCCUUCACGUCCCAACCCUGCUUACGUUGUCAUGAACAGCGGUGGCAUCCGUUACGAUAUCUACAAGGGUCCUUUCUUGGAAGAUAACGUAUACAACGUCUGCCCAUUCGCUGAUGACUGGGUCUAUGUGGCUGAUGUGCCAUACGACGCUGCUGCAAAGCUUUUGGAUGCCAUGAAUGGUGACUCCGCAGCUAGCAACUACAAGCGUAAACGUGAUCUUGGUGGCCUUGAGCGUGCCCUUCAUCCUCUUAAAUCAUAUCACUCGGAAGAAUUCCAAACGUUCUUGGAACGUAGAGGAGAUGAUGGUGAUGAUGAUUCACAAAAUGUGACCAUGAUCCCUGGCUAUACGACUGUUGAUGAUAUGGGUGAUGAUGGCGAUGAUACAAAGCACAUCAAGGUCCCCUAUUAUGAAGCACCUACAUUUGUAGCUUCCUACUUGCCCGAAAACAAGACCGAGGUGGUGGAUGUUGUGUUUAUCACAUUUGUGCAAGAGAUCCUCCUUGAUACUUUAUACAAGUCCACUGGCAAGAAUUACACCGUUGAGAGCUAUGGCAACCCUAAUAUUACAUCAAGCACCAUGUGGAAUAAGUUUGCCCAAGAUCACUGGGCCAGUAAUUGCUAA